AUGCCUGAUAGCUAUAAAACCGCAUUCAACCGACUUAUGUGCCUUCAGAAAAAAUUCAAACGCGAAGCCAACCUGAAGGAUAAAAUGCAAGCCGAAAUAGACAAUCUUUUGAUUAAGGGCUACGCAAGUAAGCUGAAUGUGGUAGAAGUAGCGACAAGCAAUAAUCCAGUAUGGUAUUUACCAAUUUUUGUCACCCAAAACCCGAAUAAGCCGAAUAGAGUUCGUCUUGUUUGGGAUGCUGCAGCAAAAUCCAACGGACGUUCGCUUAAUGACUUCUUUCUUACUAGACCCGACCUUUUAACAUCACUGGUGGAGGUUUUAUUAGCCUUCAGGAUUGGCCAGGUGGCUAUCUGUGGUGAUAUUGCUGAGAUGUUUCACCAGACCAAGGUGAGGGAGCAGGACAUGCACGCACAACGAUUCUUAUGGUGGGAAAAGGAGGACCAAUUAGAUCUGCCUAGCUGUUACGUCAUGAGUGCAUUAACAUUCGGGAUGAAUUGUGCUCCCUGCAUAGCGCAUUACAUUCGCAACAAAAACGCCGACCAGUUUCAACAACUUCACCCUCGAGCAGUGGAAGCCAUCAAAAACUACCACUACGUAGAUGAUUUCAUCGAUAGCGUGGACACUGAGGAAGCCCUGUGCUUGGCAAAUGAUGUUAAGACAAUUCACUUGUCUGCUGGAUUUAAUAUCUGCAACUGGGCGUCCAACUCUUCUUGGGUAGUUGAUCAGCUGACCAGCAACGGCUCUCCUGUACAAGCUCAUAAGACUUUAGGGUCCACUGAGAAAGUCCUUGGUAUGUACUGGGAUCCUUAUAACGAUGUCUUUGAAUAUAUUUUUAGAUUCGUUCGACUGAAGCGUGAUGUGUUGGAUGAGAAUGUAAGACCGACAAAACGAGAGACCUUGCAAGUUCUCAUGUCCAUAUUCGACCCUCUUGGUUUCGUCACCUGCUUUACCAUUGGGUUGAAAAUCCUUCUCCAAGAAGUCUGGCGUUCCGGUAUUGAUUGGGAUGCCGACCUGGCCACAAAGGUAUCGUUGCAGAUCAAUAGCGAAUUGUGGUUCACCGGACCGAAGUUUUUGGCCUAUGGAGUUGAAGAUUGGCCAACAUGUGAUGACCUUGGACCCGCCGAUACAACAGAAGUUAGACAUCAUUUGCUUCACGCUACAGCUUCAAAUGUACGAACUUCAGUUUCAAUAAGCAUAAACGUGGAAUACUUUUCUCAUUGGAGACGACUAUACCGAGCGUUGGCUAUUUUCAAGCUAUACAUAGAAAAGCUAAAAGCUGUUAUCCGAAAUAAACCCAUUCCAAACCAAGGGUCUUAUGAAAAUCUUCAAGACGCUAAGGUACAACUCUACAAAUGCGCACAGAUGAGUUUAUUCAGCAUAUCGAACUUAGAACGGGAUGGUUCUGGCAUUCUAAGGAUACGUAGUAAGGCUGAGAAUCUUAAUAAUCAACCAGAUGCUAUUGUCUUACCAAAGAAUCAUCACGUGACGUUCCUGAUUGUUUGUUCCUGGCAUGAAAACCACCACCACGUAUCACACGAAACGACCAUUUACAACAUCAUAGGGAUGUUUUACAUUCCACAACUGUGUGUACUAUACAAAUCCGUGCGGAAGAAGUGCCAAAGGUGCAAAAAAUACUAUGCUAUGCCUGCAGUUCCACAGAUGGCCACCUUACCAGCUGCAAGGUUAGCAGUGUUCGAGCGCCCUUUAACAUUUGUUGGCAUUGAUUAUUUUGGGCCCAUUUCCAUAAUAAUUGGACGAAGACGCGAGAAAAGAUGGGGUGUAAUAUUUACGUGCCUCACCGUUCGUGCCGUGCACAUAGAGGUGGCACACAGCUUAGACACCAGCUCAUGCAUUAUGUGCAUACGGAACUUCAUAUCACGCCGUGGAAUGCCUCGAGAAAUCUAUACCGAUAACGGCACAAAUUUCAAGGCCACUAAAAAAAUUUUAUGCGAUGAAUACAAAAACAUCAACUACUCAACUGUUGCUUCCAAAUACGAUGGACUUAGAUGGAAGUUCAACCCACCAGCAGCACCUCACAUGGGAGGGGCCUGGGAAAGGCUUGUCCGAUCCAUCAAAACUAUAUUGUAUAGUAUGGCUCCAAGGAACUUCAACGAUGAAACACUUAGAUGCGCGCUAUGGGAGGUGGAAUUCUUAAUCAAUUCCCGUCCACUCACAUUUGAGUCACUUGAGUCCUGCGACGACGAAGCCAUCACCCCAAACUAUCUUUUACUAGGCUCAACAACUGGAUACAAGCCUAUUUGCGAAGACAACAUAGACUUGCGACAGCGUUGGCAUCAAACCCAGUUGUUUUCUGAUAGAUUUUGGCAGAGAUGGCCUCCUUUAGCCCCUGGUGACGUGGUUGUCAUCGUAGACGAAAACCUAUCCCGAAACAGCUGGCCAAAGGGUAUCAUUGAAAGCGUAGUAACCGCGAAAGACGGUCAAGUCCGAAGAGCUAUGGUGAGAACUCAAACGGGAAUGCUAGAACGACAAACAAGCAAGAUUGCCGUCCUAGACGUCGAUAAAGGCUAA